GUGAUUUGGCGAUCUUCCUUACUUGUAUUUCUAUACAUGUCACCAUACAUCUUGAUUUCCCUACCGAGGUCGUCGCUCACCCAUUUGCGUCCUGAUGCGAAUCCUGAUGCGAGUACGCUAUACGGAGUAACCGUGCUCCUGUCAAUGCCACUUUCUAUCACGUCGGAUAUUUCGGAUGUUUCUGGGUAGCCCCUGUCUUCUGUCUUUUGUAGGUUGUAAUUGGUUGAAAAGAGUUAGUAAACCGUGAAUAUGUACUUCGUGUUAUCAUUCCCAGACACAAGUGCUAGGCAAAGGCUGCGUUUUCUUGCCUCUGGCCAAUGAUGACGGAUUUUUUUGAAGGAAUUCAUGUAUUCGCAACUCGUACAGUAUGUAGUGUUGGAUGGAUGUUUGGUGGAGCUUUUCUCGCGAGAAAUUUGGUCAUAGGAAAAUAGAAGUACCUCUUCCUCUCACCACUUUGCGAUGCGACCAAAAGUACCCAUGCAUACUAAUGUUGAAUCAUCUAUUUAAGAUCAAGUUCCCUCUGGAAAUCCUCAUGUUUAUCGACAAUCAGAUUCCGAGUGAGAUUCUAACGAAAAUCUAAUGGCGCCUUCCAUAUCAAUACAAGGUCAAACUAUAGCUGGAAUAAUUUCGCAGUUGUCAUUAUGCGCUGGAGCACUAGUAGGCUUGAAUAGAUCUUUGAUCUGUAUUGACCGCUAACACCGGUUAGGUCAUAUUUUAUAUCAUAUACAAAGUGAUAUAUAAUCUUUAUUUCCAUCCACUCGCACAUUUUCCCGGCCCAAGGUUAGCAGCAAUAACAGAUGGCUGGCUAUGUUGGCAUAAGUAAGCUUUACAGCCUCUAUUAUGCUACAUCUAAGACUAACGAAAGUAAAGUACUUCCGGAGAUUAUCACAAUACUAUGAUCAGCUUACACAAGAAAUAUGGUAAAGUUGUGAGAUUUGCACCAAACGAUUUGUUCGUUCACUGGAUCAACCUUGCGAUUGACACAUCACUAAUUCAAGCAUAGAGACUUCGCAUCUCCUCAGGCAUAUCAAGACAUUCACGGCCACGUCAAGCAAGGGAAGAAUGCAUUUCUGAAAGGUCAAGCCUACAAUACAGGUUCAGAAACCAAUGCGGGUAUUGUUUCGGCAAGAGAUCCAGCUGUCCAUCGAGAGAUUAGAAAGUCCCUUUCUCAUGCUUUUAGUGCAAAAGCUCUUCGACUCCAAGAGGAAGUGGUGAUGCAAUAUAUGGACUUGCUGAUUUCUCAAAUUUAUCGACGUAAAGAUGACGAGAAGGGAUUGAAUUUAUCAGAAGUAUGUGUAUCACUAUGUUUUUGCUUCUAAUUAUAAUUAAUGAAGUAUAGUGGUACAACUGGUUAACUUUUGACAUCAUUGGGGAUCUCGCAUUUGGAGAAUCAUUUGAUGCAGUCAAAUCUGGAGAAGGCCAUCCAUGGAUCAGUGUCAUUCUCGGCGCCGUUCAUCUCAUGGCCCUCAUGGAAAUCUUUCGGCGCUUUCCAUUCUUAAUGAACUCAUUCUUCAAGAAGAUCGCAAUGUUUCUCAUGCCGAAAGGCUUGAAAGAAAAGAGCAGGAUACAUUUCCAAAAUUCGAUGAAAAAAGCAACCCAACGUAUGGAACGAGGAAACAACGAUCGCGAUGACUUCUUCUCGCAUCUACUCCGCGAGAAAGAGAAUGGACCAAAGAUCACCCCGGAGUUCAUUCUAGCCCAGUCUAAUACGCUUAUUGUGGCCGGUUCGGAAACUACCGCUACUUUGCUUAUAGGAGUGACUUACUAUCUUCUUAAUCGACCCGAAACACUACGACAUCUCCAAGAAGAAAUCCGCAAUGCGUUCACAUCUUCAAAGGAUAUCACGUGUGAUUCCACAUCAGCACUUCCAUACCUCACCGGCGUAAUUGAAGAAGGUCUCCGCAUCUAUCCACCCGUCCCCAUGGGACUUCCGCGCGACUGCCCAGGGGCUAUCAUAGACGGGGAGUACGUUCCUAAAGGCGCUAUAGUAUACGUAUCCGGAUAUGUCGCCACCCAUAACGAAGAAUAUUUCACCGACGCCAAUGAAUUUCAUCCCGAGAGAUGGCUCCCAGCCUCUCAUCCCCGCUACAAUUCCCGCUAUCAAAAUGAUAAUAAAGAUGCUAAUAAGCCCUUCUCAAUGGGUCCUAGAGCAUGUCUGGGGGUUAAUCUCGCGUACAUGGAGAUGCGAGUGGUGUUGGCGAAGUUGGCGUGGGAAUUUGAUUGGGAGUUAAAGAGUAAGGACUUGGUUUGGGAGAGGGAUUCCAAGUUGCUUGUGUUGUGGAAGAAACCGGAGUUGAGGGUUGGGUUUAGACCGGUGGAUAGAUGAGAUUUCGGUGGUUUAGUGCAUUGAGGGUUUGUUUGUGUGAAUAUUUAGAGGCGUUUUUAUUCUUCUCUUUUUGUUUUGUUUUUGUUCUUUUUCUUCUCCUUUUCUUCCCGUUCUUUUCUUGGGGUAGAAAGUUUCUAGUACGUGGUAAUACUGGGUAUUUACGGGGACGUGGGACAAGGCCAAUUACAUAUUUUCCU